GAUGGGGUUAUUAUGGAUGCUGAUUUUGAACAAUCGGUUUCAUCUGAGGAGGAUUGAGUGUAUUCAAGUUUUAACAUUUCACUAUUGUACAUACAUGAUGCUUCUAAUAAAGGACACACAGAGAUCGUAUGGAUCCUACUAAAACGCGAUUCAAAUCUUGCUUUACAAUACAACAACAAUGGUUAUACACCAUUGCAUCUUGCAGUGAUGAAUGGGAAAGUCUCAGUCCUCAAUGAUUUUGUGUCAGGAAGUUCUGCUUCAUUUCACUGUCUCACAAGAGAAGAAGAGACAGUGUUUCAUAUAGCUGUGAGAUAUGGAUGCUAUGAUGCUUUGGUUUUCUUGGUCCAAAUUGCCAAUGGCACAAAUCUGUUGCACUGUCAAGAUAGAUAUUGCAACACUGCCUUACAUCUUGCAGUUUCAGGCGGUCGCCAUAAGAUGGCAGAUUUCUUGAUCAACAAGACAAAGCUGGAUAUAAAUACUAGAAAUAGUGAAGGGAUCACAGCACUUGAUAUUCUUGAUCAGGCUAUGGACAGUGCAGAAAAUAGGCAAAUACAAGCAACAUUCAUCAGAGCUGGUGGUAGAAGAAGCAUUCAAUCUUCCUUUUUUUCACUUGAACUUGACAAGGCCUAUUCUCCCUCACCUCCAUCUAGGUUUUCUCCAUCGCGACGUUAUAUACCAACCGAAAUGGAAAUACUAAACGAAAUGGUAUCUUAUGAUUGUCUAAGCCCUCCACCAGUUAGCAAAAGCACUGAACCUAGGUCACCUCAGCUUCCAAUAAAUGACACCUACAAUCCAUAUUACUUUUCACCAACAAAUUUAGUGAAACACAAGCAUCAUAAUAACAAAGGGAAGAUGGAAAACAUGAACCAUACUAAGAGGAAAAACUACCACGAGAUGCACAAAGAGGCAUUACUUAAUGCAAGAAACACCAUAGUAUUAGUGGCUAUUUUGAUUGCUACCGAAACUUUUGCUGCUGGUAUUACUCCACCUGGUGGUGUGUACCAAGAAGGACCAAUGAAAGGAAAAUCAAUGGUGGGUAAAACAACAGCUUUUAAAGUAUUUGCAAUAAGCAAUAACAUAGCACUCUUCACCUCUUUAUCUGUAGUAAUUGUUCUUGUUAGUAUCAUUCCGUUUCGAAGAAAACCACAAACAAUACUAUUGAUCAUUGCUCACAAAGUUAUGUGGAUUGCUGUGGCAUUUAUGGCAACUGGCUAUGUCGCAGCAACAUGGGUGAUUUUGCCACAUAAUCAUGGGAUGCAAUGGCUAUCUGUUGUGCUAUUAGCACUUGGUGGCGGCUCUUUAGGAACAAUCUUCAUCGGUCUUACGGUGAUGUUGAUUGAACACUGACUAAGGAAAUUUAAGUUGAGAAAGGGAAAAAAGGAAAGUGGAAAUGAAAAUGCAGACUCAGAUAAGGAAAGCGAGAAUUCAGAUUUUCAAAGCUCUUAUUUACAAGAUGCUCAACAAAGAACAUGAAAGGGAAGAAGACUCAAAAUCAGAGCCUGUACCAAGUACAGCAGGAAGUUGAGAUUUGAGAGGGUUGUGAUACUUGGAGUUCAUAAGGCACAGUUAUUUAAUACAAACAGUCCUUAAAUCCCUGCUUGGACCAAGACAACGUCUUUCUGGACUCUCUUGCGUAUUCCUGCAUGGGUUAAUGAAAUACAUGUUAUAUGGCAAAUGAUCUUUUAACCCUAGGGAUGUUGUUGUUUCUGCCUGUGGUUUACUACUAUGUAUUUUAAUUCUAUUGCUCCUUUUUGUCUUUGAUUAUCCGGUAGCUUCACUCAACUGUUAAAAGAAAAUUCCUAAUUUUACUAUUUUCACGAAUGUAUCACAUCAGACUUGAUUUUUAUUUCCA